CCAGGCCCCUAUGAGUACCUGGACCCUGAUAAUAUCAGUCUUACUAAUAGCCCUCCUUUGAGGCCGGUAAAAGUAAAUAUCCAACCGAGUCCAUCUCCACCCCCUUUCGCUCCCCUCACGGAUGGUCAAUAUUACGAAGGAGGAGACCACACUGGUCCAAAUAGAGUGUCCGAUGGUCGAUAUGACCUAUUCUACGAUGAGCCUGACCCAGGUGGAUGGGAUUUUGGACAGGAACUCGCUGGAAGCGACUAUGAGUCCAACGAAGAGGAACGAGUUAUCGAACAGGUAACACGUAAGACGUCUCCGUCUCUCGGAAACGAUCUUGCUGCCCUGACCUCAGAUGCAUUGAGGCAGCCAACUAUACCUCCACUAUCAACUUUAUACAUGGACGAGCCAGGAUCGCAGUCUUCGCGGGACCCAGCAAUCAAGUGCGAGAUGUCCGGCUCUCCUGCGGCCGGGGAACUGUCACCCAAUCGUCAAUACGCCCAACAAUUAGCCUUGUCAAUGUUCAAUGGUACAGGCAAUAUUACUCGCAAUAUUACUCGGCCAUCCAUUUCUGCCCAACUGGGAGAUAUUAAUUACCUCGCCGAGGCCGCUGCAGCUGGGGACUCGGCCUUUUCACGGUCCCCUCCAGCGCGACCACCUUCACCGGGCCGAGACCACUUCUACUUCAAUGCAAAUAGCCAUCGAAGAUUGUCUCAGACUGAUGGUCCACAAUACUCUGGCUAUGGCGAUUAUAGCAGUAGCAACACGGAGACCCCAAGUACGGAUCAGGGGGGCUCCACCCCUACGACAAUGGCCAUUGACCGGAUGAGUAUUGACGGUAUCAUCAAUCCACAAAUCGGUGGUUUCCAAUGUACAUACCCAGGCUGCACUGCCCUGCCUUUUCAAACCCAGUAUCUCUUAAACUCCCAUGCCAAUAUUCAUUCAUCAAAUCGUCCUCAUUAUUGUAGCGUAAAAGGUUGCCCGCGUAGUAAAGAUGGCAAGGGUUUUAAGAGAAAGAAUGAGAUGAUUCGACAUGGACUCGUCCACGAUUCUCCUGGAUAUAUUUGCCCUUUUUGCCCUGACAGGGAGCACAAAUACCCCAGGCCGGAUAUCUUACAAAGACAUGUGAGAGUUCAUCACGUGGACAGAGACAAAGAUGACCCCCAGUUGAGGGAAGUGCUAUCACAGCGUCCUCAACGGCCUUCGACAGGGAUAAGAUGGCGGCGUGAAGCACCUAAAACUUAUCCACGUAUGGAAGCCGACUUAUCAUUCGAGUCUGUUCCCGACUUAUCAUUCGAGUCUGUUCCUCCGAGGACUAAACAUAGAGAUUUCGCAGCAUCCACGUUCCCUCCCGCCUUCCCCAGCUUACACCAGGGCUCAGGGUACAGCACACCACACGUUCGCUUUGAAUCAGGGAAUUAUCUAUCUCCAAAUUUGCUUGUUCCAGAAGAACCACGAAAUCCUCCAUUUGAAGAAGAUAUAGAAUAUACCGAAGGAGCCAUCGGCGUAUCGGAUUCCCCGCGUGAAACCGAGAGUAUGGAUGACGACCAAUAUAUACAGAACAUCAGCUCAGAUACUCAAUUAUCUGAUUGCAUUAACUCACAAACAGAGUUGGGGGCAUUAAAUACUGGCCCACCAGCCACGGAUUCUGGUUACGCUUCAACAGGCAAGAAUGAAGACACUGCCAAAGAUGCUAAAGAUGAAGAGCAAGACGAUGCCCGUACAGUUUGUACUGACAAUCAAGACUUUGAUGUUCCUAAAGAUGUCAAAGAGCAACUUGUAGCCGCCUUUUCUCGCGAAAUAACCCAAAGACUUCAAGGAGUUUUGUCCAAAGUUGACAACAAAACCUCAAUGCGGAACACCCUUGUUGAGUUGCUGAAAGACUUUUCUCUUAGACUCGGGAUGGGAGCAUACGCAGGGGAGCAGAAGAAUGCAGUUACUUUUAUUCGCCACUAUAGACACCGUAUUGCAAAUUUGAUUGCCGGCCUGGCAGAAGCUUCUCUUGUUUCGGAAAAGGCAGAGAUCGAAGAGCCCGAAGAGAUCGAAGAAGAAAGCACAAAGGUGAAAAACCAAGACGAAGUCAGCCUGGCUGAAAAAAUUCUCCUAUGGAAUGUUGAAAAGCCUCUCAUCGACGAACCUCAAGCCGCGCUCGCUGCUGAAGUAUCGGAUCCGACUAUCAUCGAAGAGAAGGAGGGGCUUGAGGAUAUUCAGGAUAUCGAAGAAGUCGAGGGGCUCUACGCUAUUACUCAAUUUCCCGAAGCUUGGAAAUUUCUUACUGACAGCCAUUCCUAUCAAUGGCUUCUAAGUAGAAUAAGAACUGAGGUGCUACUCACUAAGAUAGCCGGAACCCCGGCGGAUACGAUCAAGAAACGAAUACUCAACGGUCUGGCCUCAGCAUCCGUGAAAUCUAAGUAUGGUCAAGCUGCACAUAAAGCUCGGUUCGAACUCUCCUGGGACUUGCGUGGGUUCCUUCAGGCGAAAUAUCCCGAUGAGCAUGAAGCACAGCUUGAAUCUCUCAUCACAGUGGUUGGAUCCGGAGAUAAUGUACAGGCAAUGACCUGUGCCCAAUACAUGGACCAAGUUUGGCCAGUGACAGGAAUGGAGACUUUACUUGCCUUGCAAGGAGCUCUGGAUAAGGGCGAGGGGCAAGCUUUCAAAGCGAUAAUGACCGACAAGACGAAACUUACCAUCGAGGUCCGAGAUUCAGUCACCAUUGCAUUGGUAGUAGCUACAGAACCGGCAAUAGCAGAGAUCGGACAGCAGUUGGCAUGGCUAGCUGCUGCCUUACGUUCCUCACCUUCUGAUCAUAGGAUGGCAUAUUCGACCCCGUCAGUCACUUUAUCAACUGGCAAUACGCCAACUUUCACUUUCAAUUUUCAAAUUAGGGAAAUUGAGCCCGCUCACCCAUUAGCGCAGACAAAUGGGUCCUGCUGGCGUCCCCUCUUCAAGAACCCUAUCAUUGUCGAAGGCUAUCCAAUUCUAGCUAGAGCCCACGGAGAGAAAGGCUUGGAAAUAGCUCUCGACAUGAUGGCAGGACUAAGUCAAGCAUCUCGGGUAACAAAUUUUGGCGGCGGACUUGUAAUUAAAGGUUUCUCGACAAUGUUCUGUCCGACCAAACGGAUUAAAGAUUCUGUUUUAUGGCACUAUCUUUUUAGUCACGAUGGAAAGAGGAUGUCAUAUCUUUCAGCUGAUAUCCUUUGCGGAGGGCGUGCCCGAAUCAAAGAGGUUGAUAUAGGGUGUUUGGAACAAUCAAGGAAUUUUCUUGGCUGGGCUUCUUCUGUCGAGGUUCAUAUUGGAACGAAGGAAGCGAAGUACGACGAAAUAGAUUGGGCUGGAUCCAAUUUUGCCUCAGCUGGAGUUACUUUGGACGAAUUCUCUAUUGGUGCAGGCAAGAUAAUAACGGGCAAGGCCUCGUUCACCAAAGGCACCCAGAACAUUCCAAUCCACCUCUCUCAUGCACGUCUAUAUCAACUCCAGAUUCUCCACGCACACAGUAUCAAGGUCGUAAUCUAUGAUGUGAGAGAUCGCCGAGGCUGGUUGGUAGAUGGCACAAGCGCACUUCUGCAUCUUACACGUACGCAACUCUCCUCGAGUCCAUAUUCAGAGAGUGAGUUUUUCAAUCUCGACGACUUCCGCUACGCCAAUCCAAAGGACAGGGCUUCUGGUGCAAAAAAGGCAUUAUUGGACCCUCGAAAUCGGAAGCUCAUCCUUCUUCAAGAUACCAAGAUCUCAACAGUCCGAAAGACAAGCAAGGAAGGAGUAUCAGAAAUAUUACGAGAGGAAACGACUGGAUGGACCUACGAAGACCUGGUUCAGGAAACAUAUCACAUUCUGGAGCAGAUCGAAGACCGACAGACACAGAUGAUAAUUUCGCCGUCUAUAGGCCUAGGCUUCAUGGCUCGCGAGAAGUUGCUCGGCUUUGGUUUUAUGGAUAUUGUCAAUGGCCAAAAUAUAUUACGCCCUCGAGUUGCAAAAUUGAGCAAGAGUGGUUGGGGAUGGGUGGACUUCAUCAGAAGUACACAUACUAUCACCCUCCUCGGAAAGGGAUUUGGGGAACUCAUUCGGCCGGCGCAAGAAUCAAACCAGCUCUGCAAGCACUGGAAACAUGUCCCCGUGGGAAGAGAUCAUCUUGUUGCAUGCGUGUCUACGUUAGAGGACAUCCGCAGACAGUACGGGGAUUGCGAUGAUGAUGUUUUGCAACUUGCAAGUGGAAUAUAUUGCCAUAUACCGGACAAACUCUACGAGUCGUGUGAAUGUAAGCGUGGCAGUUGGAAGACGGGUUGUGACAGAGUACAAGCUUUUUCGUCUUCUCCGAGCUCCAGGGAUCAAUCCAGAGUAUUCGACUACCGGUUCGGAGCAGUCAUCUUUGGAAAAAAUAGGAAAUACCGAUUACGCUGGCCGAGCAAAGGAGAGCCUGUUGAAGAGGCAGAGUCAGACUCAGAAGAGGAGGAAGGGAGCGAGUUUCUCGACAGCGGGCUGGGGGGGAGCAACUCUUCCACUUCUGGACUUGAUGGCUCAUCAAGUCUUAAGCCCUCACCCGUUGAAGAGCCCUUGGAAGACUCGCAACCAGAUAGAACGCCCUCGGAACGUUCACGGGAGGAAGAUGACAUUCACAAUAAGCAACCGACGUUGGAGAAUGCAAGCGGAGUUGAGUUAGGCGUCAACGAACCCUCCGGAGCAGUUUCUGAAUUGCCCGGGAAAUUUCAUAUGAGCAUUCGAGGUGUGAAAAGAACGUUAGAUAAAGUCACAACUCAAGCGUUUUCGAGGAAGAAGCAGAACACCGGCGAUGGGACCGAUGCUUAUAUCGAAGCUUCAUCUCUACAGCACGCAUCUCUUGACUGAAUCUUCUCGCUAUAAAAAUAAGAAGUAGUGGACUUGGAAUAGAUAAUAGCAACCUUCUGAUGCUCUUUACCUUCAAAGCUGUACACCGCGUUGCGUGUUAUGCCCCCAUGCGC